AUGCCUACAGCGGCCACGACUCUCAUCUCUUCUACGGCGGAACUCGAGGCAUUUCUUUCUUCCAUCCCGCCUUCUAGCACACUUUACUUGGAUCUAGAAGGAAACUGCCUCUGUCGGCAUGGAACCAUCUCCCUCAUCACUAUUCUCCUCCAUCCACAGGGAGUGGUGAGACUUAUUGACGUGUUAUCUCUGGGGAAAUCGGCCUUCAACACGACAUCGAAAGACGGAAAGUCUCUCAAAUCCAUUCUCGAAGAUCCGGACAUCCCAAAAUGCCUCUGGGACGUGCGGAACGACGCCGAUGCGCUUUGGGCUCUCUACCAAGUCGGCCUUGCCAAUGUUAUUGACAUCCAACUUCUAGAGAAUGCGUCUCGUAUUGGCAAUAAAACAUACCUCUACGGGUUGGAUAAAGCCAUCCAGUUCGACCUGAAGCUCAAGUUUGCGGAGCUCGAUCGUUGGCUCCGCUCUAAAAAGGAGAUUAAGCGUCUCAUGCCCACUAACAUCUUCGCAAUCCGGCCAGUAGAGGCUAAGACGGCGCAGUACUGCACUAAUGAUGUUAUCCAUCUACCGGACCUGCAUGCCCUCUACUUGAGGCGCAUUAGUGCUGAUUGGCUUGGGAGAGCAAAGGAGGAGAGUUCGCGCCGGGUAGGCGAAGCUUGCUCUCCUACAUACGAGACUCGGCCGGCCACGAGAACGCUGGGACCUUGGGGGUCAGGGACUGGGAACCAUGUCAGGUCGUCGGAUAAUAUACUCGAAGAGUGGGAGGGUUGGAGAAUAGAGGAUCUUGCAGAGGAUAUGGUUGGAGAUGGCGAUGAUGUGGACUACUAUGAUGACGGCCCCACCAGUUGUAGGGAUAUCAUCGACGACAGCGACUACCGCUUUUACUAUUCCGACUAA